CGUUGAUAAGCGAGAGCAGAGUGUAAACAGUGCACAUCAAGUUCUUUUUACUAGUUUUCCACUCAGUUGGGGUGUGACAGGCAUUGCAAACCAGUCGGUUUGUGAAGACAAGUGCUUUGAUAGUUUUGCGAAAAGUACGUUUGAGUAGCGAAAAACAAUGACGAACAUUGACCUGCAACGCGAACGUCAAGCCGCUUUAAUAUCAAGUGAAGAUUUCGCCGAGUGGUGGGCGGGCGGACGCGAUGCACUGCAAGAGCGCCGAGCUUUGGAUAAGCUCUUCACCGAAGAUGACGAUUUCACAGACCCCCAGCACACGUCGCUAAUGUCGCAUAAAGAACUUUACGAGUACACACUUGCGAAAGCGUGCAAAUUUAUAAGUAAACUACGCGAUUGGCAUGCAGCAAAAGCUUACAAUAAAGCCGAAACACAACAAAGUGCAAUUGCAUCAUUAUAUGAUUUUCGUAUGUUGUUGGCCGGUCAGCUGGGUACAGCGUUGUUUCAGCAAAGCUUUCCGCUGCGCUUACAUUUUUCGAUGUUCCUGCCGACGUUGUUAGGACAGGGAACGGAGGAGCAGCAGCGCGAGUGGUUCGAACGCGCUUGGCGCAUGGAUGGUAUUAUAGGCACGUAUGCGCAAACGGAGCUGGGUCAUGGCACAUUUAUACGAGGUCUAGAGACACGCGCCGACUAUGAUAUGAAAAGUGAGGAGUUCAUUUUGAAUACACCAAGCUUGAGUGCGUACAAAUGGUGGCCUGGUGGUUUGGGUCAAACUGCCAAUGUGGCUAUUGUCAUGGCACAGUUGUAUAUAAAAGGGAAGCAUUAUGGCUUACAUCCAUUUUUGGUGCGCAUACGCAAUGCGCAGACACAUCUGCCGGAACCGGGUGUGGAUGUGGGUGAAAUUGGUCCAAAACUGGGUUUGAAUGGCGUGAAUAAUGGUUUUCUGGGCUUGAAGGAUGUACGCAUACCGCGCAAGCAAAUGUUGAUGAAGAACGCAGAAGUGCGUCCAAAUGGACGCUUUGUGAAGGGACCGGAGCCAUUGUUGACCUAUGGAACGAUGGUGUUUGCGCGUGUCAUGAUCGUGCGUGAUGUUUCGUUCGGGCUGCUGCAAGCUGCCACCAUUGCUACAAGAUAUUCCGCAGUGAGACGGCAGAGUCCCAUAGCAGUAGAUCAACCUGAGCCACAGAUAUUGGAUCACACAACACAGCAAGCGAAAUUAUUUCCACAAAUCGCAAAGGGCAUAUUUUUUCGCAUUGCGGCCGACGUUGUGUGGCUUAUAUAUCAGAGUGUAGCUAAAGAGCUGGGUGCUGGGCAGCGCCGCAAUUUGCCCGAAUUGCAUGCUUUGUCUUGCUGCCUCAAGGCGUACUGUUCUGCCGAGGCAGAAGAAGCUGUUGAAAUUCUACGUAAAUCUUGUGGUGGUCACGGUUAUUUGCGUUCGUCGAACUUUCCGGAAAUUUACGGAGCCGUCACAGCUGCCUGCACCUACGAGGGCGAAAAUACGGUGCUGCUAUUGCAAACUGCGCGCUUUCUCGUCAAGCAAUAUGUGGAUGGUCUGAAACGGAAAGUUUUACCAAGCAGCGUAACCUAUUUGCGCAAUGCAACGCCGCCAAAGUGGGGUAAAAGUGUAGAGCUGAAAACUUUGGUGCGUCUCUUGGAGUAUGCAGCUACCGAGAGUGUCCGCAGCGCUUUUGAAUAUCAAAAGAAGCAACGAAAAAUCUUCAAAUCCGAGCCGAUGGUGACCAAUAAAGCGGGUAUACGCUUGAUUCAAUCUGCAACGUUGCAUGCUCGUGCAUUCUUAGCGCGCAACGCAUCUGAAGAGGCGGAAAAGCUUCGCCGACAAUUAAAACCUGCCUUGGCUGAAGUGCUAGUGCAACUAACCGAAAUUUUCGUUUUGGACUUGUGUCUGGCCAGUUUGGGCAAUAUUUUGCUUUCAUUUCCGUUGAACUCACGUCAAGUGGAACAGUUGAAGACUCGCUUUGAGCGCUUGCUCGAGGAGUUUCGCGUCAAUGCCGUCACUGUGGUAGACGGUUUCGACUUCAGCGAUCGUGUGUUGGGUUCAACAUUGGGUUGCUAUGAUGGACAUGUGUAUGAGCGUCUGUUGGCCGAGGCAUGCCAAAGCCCAUUGAACGAGGAACCGGUUAAUCAAACAUUUCAGACUCAUUUGAAACCACUAAUGCAAGGGAAAUUGUAGAGGGUAUUUGUACCCUUUUGAAUAUGCCAUCUUCGCGAGCUUAAAGUUUUUGCUUCGGUAUUCAGACUGAAAUAAUGUAAAAUUAAAUUUGUAUUAUUUUUUAUUCUUUAUUUUUACAAAUGUUUUAUGUUACAAAUAUAUUCGUGAAUUGGUGUUUGGUAA